AUGAAAGAGUUUAAUGAGUUCAUAGAUAGAUGCGAGGUGACUGAUCUGCCCAUGGUAGGGAGAAAAUUUACUUGGUGUAAUGCUCAUGAUGGCCACAAAUGGAGUAGAAUUGAUAGAUUCCUUCUUCGCCCUGAGUGGAUUGAAAGAUAUAGAUAUAAACUGUGGGGACUACCUAGGUUGGUAUCAGAUCAUUGCCCGAUUGUGCUUAUGGAAGAUGAGAGGGACUGGGGUCCUAAACCUUUCAAAUUCUUAAAUGCCUGGUUAUUGCACCCACAAUUCACAUCUUUUGUGGAGAAUACAUGGAAGGAGUUACAGAUUCAAGGGUCUGCUGGGGUCACUCUGCUAAGGAAAUUACAAGCUUUAAAGAUGGUACUAAAACAAUGGAAUAAAGAAGUAUAUGGUAAUACUGCAGCUCAACUAAAAGCAUCAGAAGAUAAACUGAAUGCACUUGAUUUGAGGGCUGAGGUAAGACCUCUGGAGGAUGCUGAAAUCAAACAAAAAAGUGAGGCAAGGAAUGAGAUGUGGAGAUUAAGUAGAAUGCUGGAAUGGGAAUGGCUUCAAAAGUCAAGGCUCGACUGGAAUAUGAAAGGGGAUAGGAACACAAGAUAUUUUCAUGUCAUGGCUACUAGUAGACAAAAUAGAAAUGCCCUCAACUCCAUUGUUGUAGGGGAUGUGGCAAUUGAGGAACCAAUUCAGGUCAAAAUGGAGGUAUGGCCACAUUUUACAAACCAGUUUUCAGAAGAGUGGAGAGUUAGACCUGUAAUAGGUGGGGAGUUUAAAAGUGUAAGGCAAAGUGAUUCAUUUCAAAUACUAGAGUCAGAAUUUUCAGCAGUGGAGGUUUGGGAAGCCGUCAAGGACUGUAAUGGCAACAAAGCUCCGGGGCCAGAUGGUUUCAACUUGCUAUUUUUUCAGAAAUUCUGGAAGGUGCUCAAAGAAGAUGUGAUGCUCUUUUUUGCAGAUUUUCAUGUCAGGGGCAGAUUGGCUAAUGGCUUUAACAGUUCUUUCAUCACCCUUAUACCUAAGAAAAUUGAUGCAGCCAACUUAAGUGAGUAUAGACCCAUUAGUCUUAUAGGGUCAGUGUAUAAAAUACUUUCCAAGGUUCUUGCUAGUAGACUAAAAAAAGUCAUGGCAGAUGUAAUUGGUGAAACACAAUCAGCAUUCCUUGGAGGUAGAAACAUACUCGAUGGGGCUUUGAUUGCAAAUGAAAUAGUGGAUGGGUGGAAAAAAACCAAGAGAAAAGGGCUAAUUUUCAAGAUUGAUUUCGAGAAGGCUUAUGAUUCACUCAAUUGGGAAUUCCUAUUCUCAAUGCUAUCUAGCUUUGGCUUCGGAGCGAAGUGGAUCUUUUGGAUAAAAAGUUGUCUCUCUUCAGCUAGAAUCUCCAUCCUCGUUAAUGGCUCACCAACUAAGGAGUUUAGUCCUGAAAAAGGUCUCAGACAAGGGGACCCACUAUCCCCCUUCCUUUUCAACUUGGCUGCAGAAGGACUGAACAUGUUACUGAUGAGAGCUAGGGAGUUGGGGCUGCUAAAAGGAGUAGUUUUUGGUGACAAUAAUGUGGUUGUGUCACAUCUUCAAUUUGCAGAUGAUUCUUUGUUGUUUUGUGAUGCUGUAUGGUCAGAAGUGCUUAAUUUAAAAAGGAUCCUUAGGUGCUGGAAGCCUGUCUUGGAUAGGAUAAAGCACAGGCUUGCUGGUUGGAAGAGGAGACUUCUCUCCUUUGCGGGAAGAUUAACACUAAUUAAAUCAGUGUUAUCUAGUCUGCCGGUGUACUACCUCUCUCUGUUCAAAAUUCCAGAAGGGAUAGCAAAAGAAAUUGAAAAGUUACAAGCUUCAUUCCUGUGGGGUGGAGUUGAACUUAAGAGAAAAGUUCAUCUAGUGAGAUGGGAUGAGGUAACUAAAAGUACUAAGCAUGGGGGAUUGGGUGUUAGAAGAAUCAGAGACAUGAAUGUUUGUUUAUUAAUGAAGUGGUGGUGGAGGUAUGCCAAUGAGGAACAAGCUCUGUGGAAGCAGGUGUUAGUCUGCAAAUACAAAGCUGAAGGUGGAAAUUGGCGUCCAGAUAUUCAUUCAGGAGUUAGAGUAUCCAAGAUUUGGGGUGAUAUAUUGGUGCCAGCAAAUCAAACAGUCAGCCUUCUGCAAUUUUAUAUUAAUAACCUUCAUAUUAGAGUGGGUAAUGGUUGUAGAGUGUCCUUAUGGCAUGAUUGCUGGACUGGUGGAGCUAGCCUCAAAGAAGCCACUCUGCUAAGGAAAUUAUGGCAUGAUUGCUGGACUGGUGGAGCUAGCCUCAAAGAAUCUUUCCCUAGAUUGUUCAGGUUGUCAAAUGAGAAGGAUGGGACUCUCAGGGAUUAUGCUGAUAAAAGGGGUAACUCUGAAAAUUGGGUGAUUAGCUUUAGAAGGGCCUUAUUUCAAUGGGAACAAGAAGAGCUCCUCAAUCUGAACCUCUAUACCAGACCUAGCCCUGUCUUGAAUCUGCUUGUGAAAGACAGAGUUUUGUGGUUAGCUUCCAAAUCUGGGCAGUCUUUUGUCUCAACCUUAUACAAGCAUACUGAUUUUGAGCAUGGUGAAGUCAAUAACUCUAGCCGUUUAGUGUGGAUCAAGUACUUUCCACCUAAAGUUCAAUUUUUUGGAUGGCUCGCAUGGAAGCAUAAGGUAAAAACUUCAGUGUUCUUGCACAGAAUUGGUGUGCUGGAGGAUAGUGCUGCCACUGUCUGUAUUUUCUGCAAAGCUGAACAAGAAACAGUUGAACAUGUGCUGAUCUGGUGCCCUUCGAUCUGGAGAGUUUGGACUGGUCUCCUGCAAUGGUGGGGAGCCCUUUGGGUAGUGCCUCAAACUGUUGAUGGCUUACUGCAGUGGUGGGCUGGAAGCAAGGUCAUGAAAGCUGAAAAAAUAAUUUGGAAUGCUAUCCCCUUGGUGGCUCUCUGGUCCAUUUGGAAGCACAGGAACGAGUGCAUCUUCCAAGAUACUCAACCUAACAUGGAAGAACUUCUUGAAGUUAUCAUUAUUAGGCUUGCAAUUUGGUUAAAAUCCACGUCCUCGGAUCUUCCAUUUUCUGUAACUGAUUUUCUUCAUAAUCUGGAGCAAAUCAGAUUUUGUUUGGGUAGGAGAAUGUAA